CCUCGCCUUUAACUCGCCGCCCCUUCAGCGGCAGGAGCCAGCGGAGCCGCCGAGUCUCAGUGCCGGAGCCGGGCUGCGGGACGCUGAUACACCCGCCAGCGCCUCAUGAGCCUGCGCUAGGGGCGGCGGGCGAAGCGGGGCUGCCUCGCCCCAGGGCGGCGGGCGGAGAAGGAUGCUGCCGCGGGCAGGGCAGCUGCUCCGGAGCGCCAGGGGGAGAUGGCAGCAGCCCCUGGCCGCCGCCGCCAGAAGCGGUCGCUCCCUGCCGGCCGGGCCCCUGCCGGCUCCCCAGAUGCUGUGUCUGAAGCAAACUGGAAAUCUGAAGCACCAUAAAGCCGCAUGCUAUAGCACACUGGUGCCAUCUGAUGAAGUAACUGUCAAUUACAGAUAUGGCCUUCCUGUGGUAACCCUUAUGUUACCCUCAAGAAAAGAGCGCUGUCAGUUUACCGUCAAGCCAAUGUUAACAAGGGUAGGGACCUUCCUGCAGGAUAUACAGAAAGAAGAUAAAGGAAUUGAGAGGGCAGAAGUCUUUACAACAGAUGGUAGCAAGAUCCCUGCUACAGCAUUGAUGGAAGUUUUGUUGAUGAAUGACUUCAAACUUGUAAUCAACAACACAACUUAUAGUGUACAAGUCCCUGUAAAAGAGAAGUGGAGUAGAGAGCAUGCUGCUGAAGCAGAAGAUAUCAAAUCCUUGGUUCAUAGACUGUUCAUCGCCCUUCAUUUAGAAGACCACCAGUUAAGGAGAGAGAGAGAACUGCUUCAGAAACUGGACCACCUAAGGGAACAGCUGUUACCCCUUGAGCAGAUGAAAGCCAAAAUUGCAACAAGUGCAGAUGCAAAGACCAAUAGGCUCCUAUGGACUGGCUUAGCACUACUGUCCACUCAAGGUGGAGCCCUGGCCUGGCUCACGUGGUGGGUCUAUUCAUGGGAUAUAAUGGAGCCAGUGACAUAUUUUAUCACGUACGGGAGUGCCCUGGCAUUCUAUGCUUACUUUGUACUUACUAAACAGGAUUAUGUUUACCCAGAUAUUAAAGACAGGCAAUUCCUCCACUACUUCUACCGGAAAUCCAGAAGCCAACAUUUUGAUGUGGAACAGUAUAACAAGCUAAAAGAGGCACUGGCAGAGGUUGAAGAGUCCCUGAGACGCCUGCAUCAGCCCCUACAUCUGCAACUUCCAAUACAAGAAAUUAAUGACAAAGACUAAUUUUUUUUCAUAACUGAACUGUCGUUUCCAACACCGAUUCCAAUAUUUAGUUUCUAUGUUGCAAACUGAAUAUUUUUGACCACUAUAGUUCUGAACAUUACUAGAAAUGUUGAUUAAAACUAUUAUAUCAUUAGAUUUUUAAAAAAUAAUUCCUGAAAUAAAGAAAUCUUUCAAAAUAUGCA